UUUGAGUUCACAGUGAUGGGGCGGGUGAAUAAAGUUUCCCUGCGAUAUUUGAGGAACAAUGGGAAAUUAAAUGCUGUGUUCUUCAGCAACGUGCCUCUGGCAGAUGGGAAGCGCCAUGCUAUCCUCCUCAGGCUCAAUGGCCUGCCACGUGGUUCCGGCCAAGCAGAGCUGUAUGUGGACUGUGUGCCAGUGGAUGCCAUUCAAGAGCUGCCAAAAGCCUUCUUGGGACUAUCACAGAACUCAGAGUCAUUGGAAAUAAGGACACUGCAGAGAAAAGCACAGGACACUUUGGAAGACCUGAAGCUAGUAGCAGGAGGGUCAUUAUCCCAAGUAGCCGGCCUACAAGACUGUUUCCUUCCACAGAUUGAGCCAGCAGUUCAAUAUCCAGGUGUCUCUACAAGUGACUUUAACAGACAAUUACUAGGUCACAUGAUGCAAAUGAAUCAAAUACUAGGUGAUGUGAAAGAUCUUCUGAGACAACAGGUUAAAGAAACAACUUUUUUGAGGAAUACAAUUGCUGAAUGCCAGGCUUGUGGAUUGGGAGCUGGAAGUUUUCCCACUCCACCUCCAACACCUCCUAAGCCCAAAUGUGAAGCCAACAGUUGUUUUCGAGGAGUGCGAUGCACAGACACAUCAGAUGGUUUUCAGUGUGGGCCUUGUCCUGAAGGCUUCACUGGAAAUGGAGUUAUUUGCACAGAUGUUGAUGAGUGCCGAUAUAAUCCAUGCUUCCCAGGAGUGAGGUGUGUGAACAUGGCUCCGGGUUUCAGGUGUGAGGCCUGCCCUCCAGGAUAUACUGGGCAGAUCGUUCAGGGUUUGGGAAUAAACUCUGCCAAAAAUAACAAGCAGGUUUGUUCAGAUAUAGAUGAAUGUCAGAAUAGAAAUGGAGAUUGUGUCUCAAAUUCGCAAUGCAUAAAUACAGUGGGUUCUUACCACUGUGGUGCUUGCAAGCCAGGAUUUUCUGGUGACCAGGUCAGGGGGUGCAGGGCUGAGCAAAGCUGCAGGAAUCGAGUCCUGAAUCCUUGUAGUAUCCAUGCCCAAUGUUCUGAAGUAAGACAAGGAGACAUUCUCUGUGUUUGUGGCAUUGGCUGGGCUGGUAAUGGCUAUGUGUGUGGAAAAGAUCUUGAUAUUGAUGGAUAUCCUGAUGAAGAACUUCCCUGCUCAGCUGAAAGCUGCAGAAAGGACAACUGCAAAUUUGUGCCAAACUCUGGUCAAGAAGAUGCUGAUGGAGAUGGAAUAGGAGAUGCCUGUGAUGAUGAUGCUGAUGGAGAUGGCGUUCCUAAUGAUCAGGAUAACUGUGUGCUGGCUUCUAAUGUUAACCAGAGAAAUAGUGACCAGGAUAUCUUUGGCGACGCUUGUGACAAUUGCCGCAUGGUCUUAAACAAUGACCAGCGAGACACUGAUGGAGAUGGCAAAGGAGAUGCCUGUGACGAUGACAUGGAUGGAGAUGGUAUUAAGAACGUUUUGGACAACUGCCAGAAGGUUCCUAAUCAGGAGCAGACAGACAGUGAUAAUGAUGGUGUUGGUGAUGCUUGCGAUAGUUGCCCAAAUAUUAGCAACCCCAAUCAGUCAGACACUGACAAUGAUUUGAUAGGGGAUUCCUGUGACACCAAUCAAGACAGUGAUGGUGAUGGGCAUCAGGACAGUUCAGACAACUGCCCAAUGGUCAUUAACAGCUCCCAGCUGGACACGGAUAAGGAUGGGCUGGGAGAUGAAUGUGAUGAUGAUGAUGAUAAUGACGGGGUUCCAGACCUCGUCCCUCCAGGCCCAGACAAUUGCCGGCUGGUUCCUAACCCAGGGCAGGAAGAUGACAACAGUGAUGGAAUUGGUGACAUCUGUGAAUCGGAUUUUGAUCAAGAUACAGUGAUCGAUAGGAUUGAUGUUUGUCCUGAGAAUGCAGAGAUCACCCUGACCGAUUUCAGAGCUUAUCAGACUGUUGUCCUGGAUCCAGAAGGGGAUGCACAGAUUGAUCCAAACUGGGUAGUUCUGAACCAGGGUAUGGAGAUUGUGCAAACUAUGAACAGUGAUCCAGGACUUGCUGUUGGUUACACAGCGUUCAAUGGAGUCGAUUUCGAAGGUACCUUCCAUGUGAACACAGUGACAGAUGAUGACUAUGCUGGGUUCAUUUUUGGCUAUCAAGACAGCUCCAGCUUUUAUGUGGUGAUGUGGAAACAGACUGAGCAGACCUAUUGGCAAGCAACUCCUUUUAGAGCUGUUGCAGAACCUGGAAUUCAGCUGAAGGCUGUUAAAUCAAAGACUGGGCCUGGGGAACACCUUAGAAAUUCACUUUGGCACACAGGGGACACGAAUGACCAAGUUAGAUUGCUAUGGAAAGACCCUCGAAAUGUAGGCUGGAAAGAUAAAGUUUCCUAUCGCUGGUUCCUGCAGCACAGACCUCAGGUUGGCUAUAUUAGGGCAAGAUUUUAUGAAGGUUCCGAUCUGGUGGCAGAUUCUGGAGUAACUAUAGACACCACCAUGCGUGGAGGAAGACUUGGUGUUUUCUGCUUCUCUCAGGAAAACAUUAUUUGGUCCAAUCUGAAGUAUCGCUGUAAUGAUACCAUCCCGGAAGACUUCCAAGAAUUUCAAGCUCAGCAAUAUGGAGUUGGAGAUAUUUAA